UUUACGGCUGCGCCGGCGCCACCUCUGCACAAACACACGCUGCGCGACCAGUGGACGGGCACGACUGCCGGCGGCUGCCCCAAGUACGGCUCGUUCCUGCACAACCCGCAGUACCAAGUGGUCGUCACGGACACGCUGACGGACGUCGUCAUCACACUUGAGGCGCCCGUGCAGUAUCCAAUCAACCUCCGCUUGGUCCGUGACGGCCAGCGCGUCGGCGCCGUCUCCAAGAAGACACUGCACGCGCAGUCGGGGGAGUACCGCCCGGGCUUUUGCUACAUUGAAGUCAAGGACUUGUCGCCGGGCGAGUACACCCUCGUGCCGUCGACGUUCGAGCCCCACUGCAUCGGCGCCUUUGUGCUGACGAUCGCCGCGUCAUCGCCGCAAUUCCACGUGUACACACUGCCACCCGAAGGCCAUGGCUUGGUCGAAACUCUCGUCGUCGGCAAGUGGAACAUGGCGGCGGGCACGGCCGUCGGGUGCUCCAACUUUGGCCGGUACCUCUUGAACCCGCAGUACUUUAUCCAGCUCUCAGCGGUGACGCGGCUUUUUCUUCGGCUACGGCCGACGCGAUCACCCGUGCCGUCCAUCAAUUUGGCACUGUACAUGUGCGGUCCCAACGGGCAGCUGGACCCGAGUGCCAACCCCACGACGGCAAUCGGAACGUCGGGCAAUGGCUGCUACACCAACAGUGCGUCCGGCGCGCGGACGCCGCUGCUCACGCUGUCGCCGGGCACGUACGUGGCCAUCCCGUCGACCUUUGAGCCGAUCCAGGCCGACUUUGACCUUGUCGUUUACUCGGACAACCCCGUCACCAUCUCCCGCGUCCGGUAA